AUGUCGAUUCUACACCUCCCAGAACCACUGCCAUCAAAGUCCAUCGCCCUAGGGCAGAUCACUACCAACCCUUUGAACCCCUCCUCCGAAUCCAUCAAGCCUUCAGUAUCUUCAGAGUUUAUACAAAGGACGACCCGCUCAAAACAAGAGGACGCUGCAUCUACAUCGCACUCCACCCUGACCGACGCAUCACUAGUCUUCGACACCUUACGCAACGAUACCAGCACACAAGACUUCCUCCGCAAGCUAUCGCAACAAAACAAGCCAAUCUACUUCGUCACCGGCCUCCAAACUUCCAAAUCCCCAAGCCACAAGCGUGCGACCGUGUCCCACGAGCCCAUAACCGAGGCUACGGAAACCCCGCAAACGCAACAAGUCCAACUACCCUUCCGCCGGAUAGACUCGGCAUCCAACAUGGCCUCCCCUGGCGAAGAAGGUUCGGUCGUCGCAGUCGAGCUGCUUAAGGUAAAAUGCCGCAUUGGCGCUGUGAAUGAACCACAUUGUAUUUCGGAUGUGGAUUAUGUGUGGAGCUACCAUGCGCUUGAGGGUGAGGACGAGGAUUUGCAGUUAUCUAUUGGGCUGGGGAAACCGGUGGAGGAACAGGAGUGGAAGGAGUUGACGGGUAGUAAAGAAGAACGCGUGGAAAGAGACGCUGAUCAUAACUGGUCUUACGACUACGAGGACAGCGACGAUGGUCUUGGUGGGUUCUGA